AUGAUCUCAGCUUCAUUUCUUGCUUACACAGCCAAAAUCCCUAAACGGCCAAAUCCAUACUCGAUCUUUCACUUUCUCCUGUCUUCUUCUAUUGCCAACCAACCCCAAAAAAACCCAUCUUUCUCCACACACAAUAGUAAUACAACUACUAUUCCCGCCAGACUCAACCACAAAGACUGGUUAGCCCCAAAUGAGGUCGUCCAAGUUUUCGCAGCCAUUAGAGACCCCAACGCAGUCCUCUCCGCAUUAGAUCACUACUCCAAGCGCAAGGACUACAAACCCAAUGAGCCCCUCUAUUCCUUGAUCGUCGAAAAGCUCGCCCAAGCCCGCUUGUACGACGACAUUGAUGAUGUCGUUUCGCGGAUUAGAGCCGAGAGGAACUGCCGGUUAUCUGACGAGUUCUUCCGAAACGUCAUCAGGGUUUACGGGAACUUGGCUGGUCGGAUAAACAAGGCCAUCGAGACCCUUUUUGAUAUGCCCAGGUACGAUUGUUGGCCCACUGUCAAGACAUUUAAUUUGGUUCUGAAUUUGCUCGUGUCGGCGAGGCUUUUUGAUGUCGUUCAUGAGGUUUAUGUGGGUGCCCCGAAGUUGGGUAUUGAGAUCGAUGCUUGUUGCCUUAAUAUACUCGUAAAAACUUUGUGUGAAUGCGGGAAAUUGGAGGAUGCACUUAAGAUGCUCGAUGAAUAUCCUCAACAGAAGCUGAAGCCGAAUGCUAUGACUUUUUCGACGCUUAUGCAUGGUUUUUGUGAUCAUGGGAAGGUAGAAGAAGCUUUUCGGUUGUUUGAGAGAAUGGAAAUUGAGGGUAUCGAUCCGGAUACGAUAACGUUCAAUAUAUUGAUUUCAGGGCUUAGAAAACAAGGGAGGGUUGAUGAAGGAAUGAUACUUUUGGAGAGAAUGAGGCUCAAGGGGUGUAAUCCAACUGCUGCCUCUUAUCAAGAGGUUUUGUAUGGUUUGCUUGAUGCAGAUAGGUUUUCUGAGGCCAAAGAUUUUAUGAGAAAGAUCAUCUCAAAGGGUGGGAGUCCUAGUUUUAAAUCUUUCAAGUCGUUGAUUAAUGGGCUAUGCAAGGAAAAUCAACUGGAAGAUGUUGAUUGGGUUCUGAAGCUGAUGAGAAGACAAGGCUUUGUACCCAAGAUGGGAAUGUGGAGGCAGAUUCUUCGGAGCCAGUUUGCUGGAAAACAUAAUCAUAUAUGUGAUUCUUUUGAAGAAACUAUAGCCAGUUAGUUAGAUAGAUCACUUGACAUGGAUGGUUUGUGUUAAUGUUAUUCAGACAAACGUUGUUUUACUUAAACUGAGGAUGAAAGCAAUGAUUUUGGCAAAGCACACACCCACACAGAUGAGUUUUGACGAUAUAACUAGUUUCGAAAAACAUGAUUUCAUUUGUCUAGCUUGAUCACUGCUAGUGAUUGAUCCCGGAACUACUAUUUUUGACAUAUUAAUUCCUAAAUUCAUUGUUUCUUA